AUGUCGUCCAUGUUCUCCUCCGCGCUGAAGUCCAUCCAGCAGACCAAUAUCAAUGCCAACUACUCCAUAACUCCCAACGCGACGUCGCAAGCCGGCCCCUGGAGGAUCCACGAUGCGAAAAGGAAAUCCACCGGCAAAGUCUACUCUGUUUUCAUCUUCGACAAGAAGUCAUUGGAGUCGCAUGGGAAUUCUUUGGGUCGAUCCAGCGCCGCCGCUUUCAAGAAGGUCUCCGAGGAGGUCAUCGAGAGGUUGAAAAAGGAGGCUUCGUCGCUUGCUAAGCUGCGCCACCCAAGCGUGCUAGAGCUUGUCGAGCCCGUCGAGGAGACGAGAGGCGGCGGGUUGCAGUUUGUCACUGAGCCUGUCACGGCCUCGCUCGCCAGUCUGCUACAAGAAAAGGACGACCAAGAACGCGCCGGUGGUGUCGGAGGACGGUCAAGCCGCUAUGUUACCGAGGAGGCAGACGGCACGAGGAGGCGGCGCGAGCUCGAGAUCGAUGAGCUGGAGAUCCAGAAGGGCUUGCUGCAGAUUAGCAAGGCCCUCGAGUUCCUCCACGAGAAUGCUGGCCUUGUGCAUGGCAAUAUCACCCCUGAUGCCAUCCUGAUAAAUGCGAAGUCUGAUUGGAAGAUUAGCGGUCUAUCCUUCUGCAGCCCUCCCGAGAACUCGACAAAGCCAACCUCUUUCCAACCUCUGAGCCUCUACGAGACCCUCAAUCCCGACCCACGGCUCCCUCGAUCCGUCCAGCUUGACCUCGACUACACUUCCCCGGACUUCGUUCUAGACAACAAUCUCAACGUAUCGUCCGACAUGUUCUCCCUGGGUCUUCUUUGUGUCGCCCUCUACAACUCACCACACAAGUCUCCGCUGGAAUGUAAUACUAGCGUAUCGACAUACAAGAGGCUAUUCCAGUCCAGCUCAACCAUACCUACUGUGAACAACAACUUCAUGUCCUCUAGGCCAUUGCCAAAGGACUUGGUCGCACAUGUGCUGCCCCGGCUCAUUACCAGGCGGCCAGCUCAGCGUCUCACUGCUAAGGAGUUCCAGGAGACAGAGUUCUUCGACAAUAUUCUCGUGUCUACGAUUCGAUUCAUCGAGUCCUUCCCAGCGAAGACACCCAAUGAAAAACAGUCCUUCUUGAGGGGCCUGAACAAGGUCCUGCCGUCGUUCCCCAAGUCUGUGAUGGAAAAGAAACUUCUUCCAGCUCUCCUGGAAGAGACCAAAGACAAGGCGCUCCUGUCGCUUAUACUUGGGAAUGUCUUCAAAAUUAUCGAUCUCCUGCCAUCGGGUCGGCGGGCCUUCACCGACAAGGUUCGGCCGGUACUGAAGGAUAUAUUCGUCACGAAUAAUAAAAACACUGAGGAGAAGGAUGCGGCAAGAGAUGCCGGCCUGAUGGUUGUUCUUGAUAAUAUCUCCACCAUAGCCAAUAACACCCCUGGCAAGGAGUUCAAGGACGACAUGCUACCCGUUGUUGCUGCGGCCAUCGCGGCACCGACUCAUUCAGUGGUUGAUGCUGGUCUCCGCAGCUUACCUGUGGUACUACCGGUCUUGGACUUCAGCACCAUCAAGAACGAGCUCUUCCCUAUUAUAGCCCACGUCUUCAGUAAAACAACUAGUCUGGCCAUCAAAGUGCGGGGCUUGCAAGCAUUUGUUGUUCUCUGCGGAGGAUCGUCGGCUACCGCAGACAAUAGUGGGUUGGAUGGACUUGGUCCCGAGCACAAGAAAACAUCUUCCUCUACGGCACUCGACAAGUACACGAUGCAAGAGAAGAUUGUACCGCUCGUCAAGGUCAUCAAGACAAAAGAGCCGGCCGUCAUGAUGGAAGCUUUGAAUGUGUUGAGAGUUGUUGGUGAUUACGCAGAUCCCGAGUUUAUUGCCAUGGAUAUCUUGCCGAUUCUUUGGAGUAUGAGUCUUGGACCAUUACUCAACCUCCAGCAAUUCCAAUCUUUCAUGGAUCUCAUCAAGACACUGUCUCGGAAGGUCGAGGAUGAACAGACGAAGAAACUACAGGAGCUAUCCGGGGUCACAAAUGGCUCUGCCGCCGCCGGGCCUGCUGACGACUUCAUGUCCUUCGGCGGAAUCACCGGCACGCAGUUCGAUGCAGCAACUGGCGCAACGGAAGACGACUUCGAGCAGCUUGUCAAGGGCAAGUCAAGUUCAAACAACGCCAACCCUAUGGAUGCCGGCUGGGGCGACACGGCCUCUGCGAUGAGCUCACCGGGGUUGCAGCACCCCAAGCAGAAUGCCACUUUCUCCUGGUCCACGCCAAGUCCAACCAAGGCCACUCAUACAACGAGCUCGGUGGGCAAUUUCAAAGCCCAACAAGGCUCAUUCAGGACAGUGACACCAGACCUGGCCAGUCUACCAGCAAUGGCCCCCUCCAGCACCCAGUUUUCUCAGCCUCUACAACCCAACGCCGCGCAGUCAGCCUUCCCGCCGCCACCGGCGCAGCCAGCCACGUCGACCUCCGUCAAUUGGUCCACGGCCGCCUCGGCAAACCCAUGGGCGUCCACUUCUUCCUCAACGAUGCAGCCAGCAAGGAGCAACACCAUAUCGCCCCCGGCAGCGCAGACCUCCACGUAUGGUAGUGGCCUGAACAACUCGAUGUCUUCCCUAUCGAUGAAUCAACAACGGCCUGCAGUCGGGUCUAUGAAUCGCUCCACGUCCUCAUUCUCCCUGCCUCCACCGCCAGGCAGUGGGAACUCGACGCCGGCUGCAUCGGGCUUUAGCCUGCCCCCACCACCGUCACAACAACAGUCCUCGUUUGGCCGGCCGGCGGGGUCGAUGGGGUCUACGAUGGGUGGUAUGAACGGCAUGAGCAAUCUGAGCAGCAUGGCGAACAAGCCGAUGAUGGGUGGCUCGGGGAUGAGCAUGAACAGCAUGAUGGGAUCGUCAGGGAGCUUCGGCAUGGCGUCGCAGCAACCACAACAACAGCAGCAGCAACAGCAGAGUUCGGGCACGGGGACAUUGGAUAAAUACCAGAGCUUGUUGUAG